CCUGAGCUUCUCCCCCUCCCUUGCUGCCCAUAGAAGUGGCUGGUCCUUGUCUGGCUGCCCCUGAGAGGCUGCUAGGCACCAUGGCAGGAUCCCGUUUCCUGACCCUGCUGGUUCUCCUGCUGAGCUCAGCCCUGGUAACUGCUCAGUGGGAUCGUGUAGACUCUUCUGGGGCCCACACCGAGGGUCACACUCACCAGGGAGACCGUCCGACUCACCAGGGAGACGGUCACACUCACCAGGGAGACCGUCCGACUCACCAGGGAGACAGUGAGGGUGACAGAAGCGGGGACAGGAUCAUUGAUGGCUACAGGUGUAAAUCAGGCUCCCACCCAUGGCAGGUGGCCCUGCUGAAAGGCAGCCAGCUGCACUGCGGCGGCGUGCUGGUCGGCAAGCGCUGGGUGCUCACAGCUGCCCACUGCAAGAUGGGCCAGUACACUGUGCAGCUGGGUAGUGACAAGCUCGGUGACAGCAGAGCUCAGAAGAUUAAGGCCACACAAUCAUUCCGCCACCCGCGCUACUCCACACAGACCCAUGAGAAUGAUAUCAUGAUGGUGCGGCUCGAUAAGCCAGCCAGGAUGUCGUCCAGUGUGAAAGCCGCCAGCCUGCCCACCCACUGCGAACCUGCUGGGACCUCAUGUUCCGUCUCUGGCUGGGGCACCACAACCAGCCCACAAGUGACCUUCCCAGCCAUGCUCAUGUGCACUGAUGUGAACCUCAUCGCCUCCAACGAGUGCAAAAAGGUAUACAAGGAACUGCUGGGGGAAUCCAUGCUGUGUGCAGGCAUCAAGGGCUCCAAGACCAACACCUGCAACGGUGACUCAGGGGGACCGUUGAUGUGCAAAGGUACCGUGCAAGGUAUCGUGUCCUGGGGAACUUUCCCUUGUGGCCAACCCAAUGACCCAGGAGUCUACACGCAAGUCUGCAAGUAUACCAACUGGGUGAAACAGACCAUGAGAAGGCAUUCCUAAUGCACCACCAGGAGUCAACUCACUGCUCCUGGCAGGAAACUCACAGAAAUAAGGGCUUUGGUGACCUCUAAAUUCAUAUUUGACUUCAUCUUUCCUUGGAGACAUAGUAAAAACCUCAAAAAACACAAGCCAAAAUAGCAUGGACUUAAAACCAAAACAAGUAAAGAAAAGAGAAACCUCAGGGCUUUGGAAAAUGCGAUGAGACCGGCAUUCUCAAAUCCUGGAUCUGGGAAUUCAUUCAGUCUCCAUGCGGGUGGUUUGUUAUCAUGAGCGGGAGGCCAUCCUUCACUGCCUUUGAUCUAGUCAUUCUAAUUCUAGGAAGAGAGUGCUAAAAACAAAAAAGGUACCAAAUGUGGAGCAAGAGUUGAAUUCAUUGCAUUAUUUGUUGUAGCAAAAGAGGGAAGAAAUAUGGAACCUGUUCUGGAGUAAAUAGGUCAAUUUGUUUAAGGUCACAAGGAAGCCAUUAAGAGUAAGACCUAGGCAGAACUGUGAGUGUUGCAUUUGUUCGUGCUAUCAGAUGUUAAAUGGAGCAAAGAAGCUACAAAAGAAAAAUGUAUGUGAUCCUGUGAGUGAUACACUUGGAAUAAAGUUGGAGAGGAUAUGUACCGAU